AUGGCGCUCGACACCUUCUUCAACAACAAGAUCGAGUCGAUGAAGCUGGAGAUGAUCCAAGGGCAAGCGGUCCUCCGACGACUAGAAGCGCAGCGCAACGAAUACAACAGCAGAGUCCGAUUACUACGGGAAGAGCUGGGCCUUCUCCAGCAACCCGGCAGCUAUGUGGGAGAAGUGGUGAAGGUGAUGGGGACGAAGAAGGUGCUGGUGAAAGUGCAUCCUGAGGGCAAAUACGUGGUCGACAUCGCUGAUAACAUCGACAUUGCGAAACUCACGGCUGGCAAACGGGUCACGCUCCUGUCGGACAGCUACAAACUCUCGUCGCUUUUGCCUUCUUCAGUGGACCCUCUUGUGUCGCUCAUGAUGGUGGAAAAGGUGCCAGACAGCACUUACGACAUGAUCGGUGGGCUGGACGAGCAGGUGAAGCAGAUCAAGGAGGUCAUCGAGCUGGGCCUGAAGCAUCCGGAACUCUUCGAAUCGCUUGGUAUCGCGCAGCCGAAGGGCGUGCUGCUUUAUGGACCACCUGGAACUGGAAAGACACUUCUGGCAAGAGCGGUUGCGCAUCACACAGACUGCAAGUUCAUCCGAGUCAGCGGCAGUGAGUUGGUGCAGAAGUACAUCGGCGAAGGGUCACGAAUGGUGCGAGAGCUGUUCGUCAUGGCACGAGAGCACGCACCCAGCAUCAUCUUCAUGGAUGAAAUCGACAGCAUUGGAUCUUCACGUGUGGAGGGCAGCUCUGGUGGUGACUCUGAGGUCCAGCGGACUAUGCUUGAACUGCUCAACCAGCUCGACGGCUUCGAACCCACGAAAGGCAUCAAAGUAGUCAUGGCUACCAAUCGUCUCGACAUCCUCGAUCCAGCCCUCCUCCGACCUGGCCGCAUCGACCGUAAGAUCGAGUUCCCUCCGCCAACGGCAGAAGCGCGAGCCGACAUCCUGCGCAUUCAUUCCCGAUCGAUGAACUUGACACGCGGCAUCAACCUGAUGAAGAUUGCCGAGAAGAUGAACGGGUGCUCCGGUGCAGAGCUCAAAGGUGUGUGCACGGAAGCGGGAAUGUAUGCGCUGCGAGAGAGGCGAGUGCACGUAACGCAAGAGGACUUCGACCUGGCGACUGCGAAGGUGCUGAACAGGCACGAGGACAAGGAGACGAGCUUGAGCAAGCUGUGGAACGUGCGAUAA